AUGAAGGCGCACAUCAAGUUUAGCUUCGUUGACGCGACUGACAAGCAAGAGCUGGCACGUAUCCAUGGUAGCAAAAUACUAGAGCUACGAGGCGAGUGCACUGAUGCGUUUAAGUACAUCGAGAGGGCAGUCUUGGACAAACAUCUCAAGAACGACAGUUUUACCAUCCGGUGCGACGUCGUGGUCCUAAAUCGAACAUGGGAGACCGCAUUCAUUACAGUGCCACCUUUCAACAUGCAACAGAACUUCACCGACUUUCUCCAGGCUGGGGAGGGCACCGACGUGGUCUUCCAUGUGAGCCACAAGACAUUCACCACUCAUAUGUGUAUUCUCGCGGCCCGGUCUACGGUCUUUAGGGCAGCUAUCUUUGGCCCCAUGAAGGAAGCUACGUCCACGACCGCCACCGUGCAUAUAGAUGAUAUGGAUGCUACGGUAUUCAAGGCCAUGCUUGGGUUCAUCUACAGUGACUCAUUUCCAGUGAUCGUCGCGGAUGAAAAUGAGGGUGCCCUGCUGCAGCACUUGCUCCUCGCGGCAGACAGGUACAACCUCCCAACACUUCGGGCGAUGUGCGAGAAGAAGCUUCGUGAGCACAUAGACGUGAGCACGGUGACCUCCAUACUAGGGCUUGCCGAGCAGCAUGGCUGUGACGGGCUGAAGAAGGCGUGUUGCAAGUUCCUCCGGUGUCCGGACAACCUGAGGGCAGUGGUGUCCACGAAUGGCUUUGAUGAUUUCUGCAGGAGCUGCCCCACUCUUAUGAAGGACAUGAUCCUUGGCAUUCUACCGGCAAAGUAG